GACUUCCUGUUUGGUGGUGUGAAGUUUGAGGGCGCUACAUGAACUACUGUCACAAAACAGUGUGAGACCAGAGACUGGAGGACAACUUCUGGACAUGGAAGCUCCAGAGGACCUGAGUGAGACUUCUGAACAAACAGCAGCCAGUGAUGACGAGCAGGGGACAGAAAACAAGACCUCUUCCUCUGUCAUUGAGAUUCAUGACUCUAUGACUGAAUGUGAGGAAGAAGUGAGGUCCAACUUAAUGCCGACGGAGGAGAAGGUAUUUGUAGUAAGUCUGCACAAUUUCAUGAAGGACAGAGCUACACCCAUAGAGCGGAUCCCACAUCUGGGCUUUAAGCAGAUUAAUCUUUGGAGGAUCUACAAAGCUGUGGAGAAACUUGGGGGCUAUGAUGCAGUGACUGCCAGACGUCUUUGGAAGAAAGUGUACGAUGAGCUGGGAGGAAGUCCAGGCAGCACCAGUGCUGCAACCUGCACACGCAGACAUUAUGAAAAGCUAGUGCUGCCCUUUGAAAGACACAUGAAAGGAGAGGAGGAUAAACCUUUGCCUCCCAGCAAACCACGGAAGCCAUACAAGAGAAGUUCAGACGGCCAAGUCCACAAGGCCGAGAGGAAGAGGAAAAGGUGUCAGCUGGAUAACCAGAUGGAUUCUGAGGUUGUGGCUCAAAGAAGUCCAGAAGCUGCCUGUCAAAGUGAAGCAGUGAUGCAUCCUCACCGGGCUCUCUGGACCUCAGAUCAACACCAUCCGGACAGCUCUCAGCCAAACAGAUCAACCCCCAAUCUUUGUACCACCGUCUACACUCGCCUUGUCCCGGUCCCCACAUCCUGCCUCUGGCCUGCCCGUGUCCCAUCCACUGCUGGGGAGGUCAUCUCCCCUCUGGAGAAAAAGAAGCGAAUGGCUCAGGCUAGUCUUAACGUGCCCCUGAGUCCUCAGAGCGAGGACAAGGAAAGGCCCUCCGUCAUUCACUGCUCAGGCUCUCCAUCCCGGGCUUCUUCCAGCCACAACUCCUCUGAUGGCUCCCCGCUGCCUUUGUCCUCCUCCUCUUCCCGCAGCCCCUCCCCUUAUUCUGUUUCAUCAGAGGACGGUCAUGUGGGGAGUGAAGAUAAACCUGCAUCUUCCUCUGAACUGCCCCAAACAUGUUCCAGCUCUGUGAAAAAUCCACCCAGCGGUGGUGAGGACAGCAAGACUUCUAGCUGUACUCCGAUAUCCAAAGACACAGCCAGACAGAAUAAAGAUGAUUCUUGUGCCAGCCCUCAAUCUGUAGACCCUGUUAAAGUCGAGAUUAAAGACUCAGCCUGGAGGCCAAGCCAUAAAGGGAGCAACAAAUAUAUCAGCCACUCCCCCUCCUCUUAUAGUGUGAUAUCUGACUGGCCAACAUCUAACUCUAGUUUUACCAAAGUAAUUCCAAAAUCCGUGCAGCUCCUGCGGCCUGCUCCUAUUCAUCCAGGUUAUAAACUCCACCAGGGCAGGGUGAUGCAGCAGGGGGACUCUCUGACUUCCGCCAGGAAACAGAACCACAUGGCUCCUUGGACUUAUCAAACAGAGAAGAGGGAAAAAUCCAGGACAAUGUUACAAAAAGUUCCCUCCACUCAGCAGAGUGCGUCUGCUUCUUCCACCAGUAUGCCGAUGUCACGUGUCCUAUCGAGCUUUGAGAAAUCGGGGCGAGACUCUCGGCACCAAUCUCCUUCACACCCGGCCUUGUUCCCCAACAGAAUGAGACUACCUCAAUCUCAGUUUUUCUAUCGCCAUGUCCCAAUGAGCCCUGCUCUCAUUGGGUCUGCUGUUUACCCUUACUACCCCUCAGUCCCUCUCUUGAAUCCCCAUUUAGGAUAUACCCUGCCGGCCAUGGGCCAAAUUUAUCAUCACAAAAUGUGAUUCUUUUAAAUUUCAACUCCUGACCUCUAAAGUUAUCACUUGAAAAAAAUAUAAGUAUAUUUUUACUUUGAAGGAGGCAGCGUUGGAGCGUGUUUGCCUCAUUUACAAUUUCGCUUAUUUUGGUGAAACCUUAUUUGCAUUUCAAACAUGCAUGCAACGUGCUACUAUUAAGGGUCUGGGGCUUAAUGCACAGCUCUGGGUCAGCAGGAAAUCACUAACUGUAAUUUCUGAUGGAAUUUGUUAAAGUUCUGCAACCGAAUAUAAACUGCACUGCACAGAGUUACAAUUCCAGCUGCAAGAGAUUUUUCUACACACAAGUAAAUCAAUCAAAUAUUGUUUUUCUUUUUCUAUGAAUUAUUUUAUAUAGUUUCUGUUGUUUUUUUUUUAAAUAUUUAUAAGUAACACUGAACAGAUGAAUGAAAAUACAACAUUACAUUUCUCCAUAAAACAAAACAACAUACCACUAAGCCCCCUUGCCUCCAUAGUUCCAGACCCUCCCAACACCACUUCACUCUUCAAAAAGUCAGUCGCUCAACUACUUUCAAAUCAAUGAACAUUUGUUUACACACAGGUUUCAUGCAAAACUUUAUGUUUGUAAUGAUUUUGGCGACCCUUGUGGACAAAGCAGUACAGGACAGUACAAAACUAAUACAUGUUAAGAUUUGUUAUGAGAAAUUCACAAUAGAUGGAUUAAAAAACAACAAGUUACAUUAAAAUCACAGCUCGUACACAGUAAGCACACAAAAUACCUGGUAUUUAAAGCAGAAAACCUUCUAACAGUACUGUGUUGUAAAGUCUAUUGAGCAUAAUGGUUCUGUAUGAAUAAUGAAUUGUGUAUACUAAAUAUUUUUAAAGAUAGUGUAUUAUGUUCUCAUUGUCAUUUGCAUGUAUUCAGUAAAUAAAUAAAUAAAAUUGUCAAAUCA